CGACGGACAUUACGCGACGUCCCGCUUUAAUGCAAGAUGGCUACUAAAGCUACGUACGUCGGUCGUGAGCUGUUCGAAAUUAUUAGAACUGUCAUAAAAAACUACGAUCCUUCGUGGUCGAGUACUUGAGAAUUGCUUGGCCAAGAAGGAUGGAGGAGAAGGUCGAGUUGUUGAAAUGUCUCGAGGAAAAGAUAAACAGUGGCAAGGCCACGGUAGACCGAUUGAAACUUCUGGGAAAGAUUGACGGGGUUGAGAAAUUGAUACGAAAGAUUCAGCAAGAGAUUAGGUUUUUAGAAAAGGUACAAUGUACAGGAAACGUAAAGAAAGAACAUCUGCAGAGCACAAAUUUGAUUCAUCUGAAUGCGAUCGUAACACGGCUCUUCUGUGUUAAUCAACCCACCAAUGUUAUGAAACCUUUUAAGCAUAAGAAGUCGAGAUUAGAAGUAGAUAUAGUGUACAAUGGUGGUGCAUCAUGGGUAAAAGUUAUUGCUAGAAAUGCUAGAGCUCUCACAUUGAUUUCGAUGGGGAAUGGAGAAUAUGGGCAAAAGUCUGUGCUCGAUCAGGCCUCCAGUUACUUGCAAUGUGCAAAAUGUUAUCUAUACUUGUAUAGACCACCUGAUGUUGUAUUUCACUUUGCUUAUGGUAUAGAAAUUCCAUUGGCCAGACGUUUAAAGCAAAUGGGAGUGAUCAUUGAAGGGGACAUAAUAAAAUGUAAAGAUGUGCAUGACAAUGGGGACAAAUUAUUUACGGAGAUGUAUCCCUUAGAAACCGCUGAGGAAUCUGUGAGCGUAAAUUCAGAUCUAGUUGCUUUUAAUGCAUCUUCUUUAAAAACUGAGAUAAAACUUCUUAGUUUGGAUGUGUCAACUCUAUUGGCAUACGUGACGAACAUGACUAAUGGGUACGAUCAGUUUAUUUAUCAGGAACCAUUGCUCACGCAACAAGCAGAGAUGGAAAGAAAACGGCCGGUGAAACCGAUUUUAGAGGAACUGUUUCAAGGGAAAGAGCUGAUCGUUUGUCAGACUGCGUAUGAAAAUUUUAUGAACAUCAUCGGUGUUAUCGGUGGGCCCAGAGAGACUGCCAGGGCAAAAGACUUAAUGAGCAAAGUACGCAUUGUCAACGAUGUACCAACCGGUAGAAUAAUGGAGAAAUUGAGUCUAGGCGGUAAAAUUAAGAAUAGAUCUAGAUUAGUUUUUGCGACGGGGGAAAAUAUGAAAAGCAUCAUAGUAUCCGCGAACGAAGGAUUCGUUAGAGCAGCUCGUAUGCAGGGCAUCGAAUGUACAGUCUUUUUGCACGAACCUAGAUCUCUCUCAGAGAUUAAAGAAGGGUAUGCAACGAAAUUAAGUCCAUCCUGAUAUUGUUUAUAAAUGCAUUUUAAAUUGUUACAAGAGAAAUAUACACGAGGAUUAUUUAUUACAAUUUAGAUGAUUGAAACGCAUAUCCAGGCUCUCCUCGAAUUCUGAAAAAGUAAAGUUCGAUGGCUCAAUUGUAACAGAAACGUUUGCGAUGUAAAUCUAUCGUACCGUUAAUAAAUUUAUUGAAAUGUGGAUUUCUUUCCUUCGCUAA